AUGGCGGAAUCACGUAGUCUGGACCCCAACUUUGGAUCCCUUGGAGCCAGGGAGGAGGACUGGCCUGACGUCGAUGGAGAUCCUGAUACAGAAGAAGGGGCCGAGGCCAUGCGGCGCGCUGAUGCAGCUCUACACGCGACCAUCGAGCGGUCCAUAUGGCAACGAAACGCGCAAUCAGUCCACAGCGACGCCAUCCCAAGGGCUCUGUAUAUCAAAGCGCAGAACCAGCAAGACCAGCUCACAGACGAAGAGCGGCAGCUACUCCUCGGCCGCGGCGACGUCGUGGGCAAGGCGCUCGCUCGCCCCGACUCCCUCACAACAGACGAGAUGCACCAGGCUCUCCUCUGGCCGCGGCCGGGCGUGGUACGCGCCAGCAUCCAACGCGCGACGGGCGGACGUUUAAGCACGCCAAAUGAGCUUUACGCGAAGGGGAAGGAUGCACUGAAUCGUGGCCAGUUCAGCACGAUGCUGAACGACGAGGAGGUUGCGUUGCUGGCGCGCCGAUUCCACGCCAUGGACGACGCAACAUUCUCCGAUGUAGCCAUAUCGCAGGCUCUCGGCCAGCUCGGGGUCGCGCAGGCCGCUGAGCUACUGUCAAGCAGGUUGGGACUGGAAUUCUCUGUUUUUCAUGCUGCUUUGAUGCGUCAAGUGGGCCAGAUGCACCCAAUGCGACAGAUGGCACCGUCGUUCCUUGGUCCUGGUCCUGGACAGUCGUUUCCCAUGCCAGGACCAGGAUUUCGUGCGGCGCAGAGCCAACUAGAGCAGAGACAACAGCCUAGCGACAUCAUCAGCGCUAUGACAGCUCUCCAUGAGCAGCACCGGCUCGGCAACGUUACCGACGAAGAGGUGGCCGCUCGGAACAGCGAAUACCUCGCUGCCCUACGAGCUUCUUCCCAGGUUCCAUCGUUAUUUUCUCCCAACGGCUUCCCAUCACCAUGGCCCGCGACACCUCCUCCCUCGCGCGCCGACCGCUUCGGAUCUGGCCCCUGGCCUCCCAUAUCCAGAAUGCGCAGUCCAAUCAUCCUCUUCGCCAACGAAGCGGGUAUGUCAGGCCACGGAGUCGAGCCUGGGUGGUCUGUCCUGUCCGAGGAACAAAAGACAGCUUACCGCACCCGAUCCGAGACAAUGCGUCGCGAGGCUUGGGCUGAGCAUGAAACAGCUGUAGCCGAGGGGUCAUCAACUUUUGCCCUUCCAGUCUGGUACAGCGGCAGCAGCCCGCGAGAAACUUAG